AUGGCGAGCCCUAAGUCCGCGUCGUCGGAUAUGAUGUCCAGCAAAGAGUUUCAACGACUGCUCGCCAAUUAUGAACCUCUCAUCGACUCCAUCUCAGUCUCUAAAGGCGCCAAGGCUGGCCAGAAGACCCUGCAAGAACUUGAUCAGUUCCGUUUCGUCGAUGCGCCGGCCCUCUUUUCGCAGGAUGAUCCGAAGCGAGCUAUGGAGCAUGACGAUGUCAAACUUCUCGUUGACUGGAAACUCCGUCAUGGGAAAUUUCGUCCGACGCUGAUGAAGUUCGUGUCGUCUAAUGACUCCGCAGCUGUCCAGAAGACCGUCAAAGAAGCUAUCGACAGCUACCGAGACACAGCUGACCUUUCCGCUGCGCUAAAUAUACUGACCAAGCUGAAGGGGAUCGGUCCCGCCACAGCUUCGCUUCUUCUGGCAGUUCACUAUCCUCAAAAAGUCCUUUUCUUCUCUGAUGAGGCAUACUACUGGCUGUGCAACAAGGGCCAGAAAGCUUCACUCAAGUAUAACAUGAAGGAGUAUGAGUCUCUCAAUGCUGAGGCAAGAAAGCUCAUGAAAGAUCUCGACGUUUCGGCAAUUGAGGUCGAGAAAGUGGCUUAUGUCCUACUCAAACAAGAUGGUUCUGUCCCGAAGCCUGCCCCGGACGACUCCACACCGAAGCCUACCAAGACUGAGCCCACGAGGCCCAAAAAGCCAGCUUCGGCAAAGAGGAAGAAGAGUCCCGAAGGAGCAGUUGAGGACAAGGUUCCAGUCAGACGAUCGAAACGCGGGAAGGCGGCAUAA